GUGUGUGUGUGUGUGUGUGUUCCCUCUGACGCCUCCUCUCUGUGUCUUGUUCACAUUUGUUCUUCUCUCUCUGGUGCAAAGACAAGUUUAAACCAUGAGUUCUAGGAAACGCCAGGCUCGCAUGGAGCUGGUCACUUACAUCAAGAAUCCAGAUUUCCAGGAAUGGGAUGGUACCAAGACACGCACCCAAACCAUCGGCCCGGACGGUAAUGAUCCCGAGGAGGGAAAGCCUGGACCUGAAUCCACCGCCGUCCAGUUGGACCAGGGCUCGGUGAUUGACGACUACACGCAGAUCAAACCGUACGCUGGGAUGCCCAAAGAGGUUCUGCUGCUGCACUCCUCCAAGGCUCGGUACCGGGUUCCCCGGGAGAUCCUGUUCUGGUUGACGGUGGCCUGCACCCUGGCUCUGGUGGCUGUGACCGCCACGGUCAUCGCUCUGUCUCCACGCUGUCUGAGCUGGUGGCAGCUGUCGCCAGUUUACCAGGUCUACCCGAGGUCCUUCAAAGACUCAGAUGGUGAUGGAGUGGGAGAUCUAAAAGGAAUUCAAGAACAGCUGGAUCACUUUGAGUUCUUAAACAUCAAGUCGGUGUGGAUCGGGCCCGUCUUCCGCUCUCCCAUGAAGGACUUCGGCUACGAUGUAGAGGAUUUCCAGGACAUCGACCCGGUCUUCGGUUCCAUGCAGGACUUUGAGAAACUUUUGGCUGAAAUGCACAGCAGAGAUUUAAAGAUGAUCAUGGACUUCAUCCCCAAUCACACCAGUGACAAGCACCGCUGGUUCAACCUGAGCCGGACCAGAGACCCUCACUACCAGGAUUACUACAUCUGGGCCGACUGCACUGAAGCUGCACCCAGGCCUAACAACUGGGUGAGUGUGUUUGGGAACUCCUCCUGGACCUAUGACCCCGUCAGAGGACAGUGCUACCUGCAUCAGUUCCUCAAGGAACAACCAGACCUGAACCUCAGAAACCCUCGUGUCCGUCAAGAGAUGAUUGACAUACUUCGUUUCUGGCUGGAUAAAGGAGUGGAUGGGUUUCGUAUGGGUGGAGUCAAGUACAUCCUAGAGGCUGCGCACCUGAGAGACGAGCCACAGGUGGACCAGAAGAAACCCCCCGAGUCCAUUAGUUCAGAGUGGGACCUGCACCACGACUACACCACCAGUCAGCUGGGGCUUCACGACCUUCUGAGGGACUGGAGGGCAGAGAUGGAUGUGUUCAGUCGAGAGCCGGGCAGAUACAGGCUCAUGGUGACGGAGUCGUAUGACCAUCAGGAGGUGGAGAAGACCAUGAUGUACUACGGCAGCUCGCAGGUCAAAGAAGGCGACUUCCCCUUUAACUUCCACCUGCUGGACCUGCCUCAGAACACCAGCGGUCUGUGGGUCCAACAUCUGGUCCACCUCUGGAUGCAGAACAUGCCCCAGGGAAAGUGGCCCAACUGGGUGGUCGGCAACCACGACAAUCCUCGGAUCUCCUCUGGCGCUGGCGGGCUCUACGUGCCCGUCAUCAACAUGCUGCUGCUGACUCUCCCAGGCACCGCCACCACCUACUACGGAGAGGAGAUCGGCAUGAGGACCCUCCACCUCACCGACACUGGGAGCCUGGAUCCUGCUGGACGAUACAACACAAGUGCCAGUCGUGACCCUCAGAGAUCUCCCAUGCAGUGGAGCAGCAGCACGAACGCAGGCUUCAACAACAAAACCGACCUCAGCUGGCUGCCUGUGCAUCCAGACUACACCAGCGUCAACGUGGAGGUCCAGAAAGAGGAUGAAGGCUCCGUCUUAUCCCAGUACAGUUUCCUCAGCGCGCUGCGUCAGUCAGAGCUGCCUCUACAGCGAGGCUGGUUCUGCUACAUCCAGGCCGACGCCAAUGUGUUUUCGUACCUGAGAGAACUCGACGGACUGGACCGGGCCUUUCUGGUGGUGUUGAACUUUGGUAGAGAGUCCGCCGUCACCGACCUCUCCUCUGUGUCUGAGAUACCGAACCAGCUCACAGUGCUGUUCAGCACCAACCACCUCCACCACGGGAGGGUGCUGCAGAAGUCGGCCAUCCACACAGACCCAGGAGAAGGUCUGGUGGUCCGGUUCUCUGCUCCGAAACGCUUCAAUCCCACCCACCCUUCGCAGUGUUACGUGUCUGAGAAGGCCUGUUAUUUAAGAGUCGUGGACAUUCUCUACAGAUGCUGAGAGGAAGCCAGCUCCACCACCAUCAUCAUCAUCAUCAUCAUCAUCACAAUGACUCAGUCCUUUUGUGUGAGUGUGAGUCAAAUAAUAAAUAGAAUCAGACAGUCA